GGUCCAUCCUCUUCCAGCUGUCGCUCCUUUAUCUUUCCAUCUCACUUCUCACCGGCCCUGUUGAUCCAACCUCUCCUCACAUCCUUCUAAGGUUCUGAUUUGCCUUCUCCUCCACGCUCCCCACUCGCUCCCCAACUUCGCUCCCUCGAACUCCAUCUUGCCCGAAUUAUGACGCCAGUCAGGUUUCUCGAGUAGGAGUAACCAUCGGUCUCUCUCCCCGUAUCGUCUUCUCUUCUCCUCUCUUAUCCUUCCCACAUCUGCUCGCAUCAAAUCCCGACAUAUCACCGCUCGAAUCACUCAAGGGAAAUCCGUUCAUCGCUAUCCACCCCUACCGAUACAGAUACACUGCCACAACCAGCCUCCAUCCCGAGUUUGAAUCCCCCUUUUCGCCACAAAAUUAGGACAUCUCUCUCUCCCCUGUCGGGAUUCCACUUUUCCGAACCUACCACGCCUUGACAGUUGCUAUCAUAGUGGUACUUUGAUCCAUCUAAACCGAAUCUCGCCACCAAAGAAUCCAGUCUCCCAUUUGUCCAUUGAGCACAGGACCCCGUUCUUUCAACGCAUCAAAAGCCGUUGAGGAAACCAACUUAAUAGCCUCUUCUCAAUCUUCUCUUUGCUUACGCAACAAAACCGACUAUGAAUCCCUUUUUGAACUGGGCUAUUAUGCUCUUCGUCAGUGGUGGUGUCUUUUGGUAUUAUAGACUUAGAUCCCCGCCCAACGUAAAAAUUACGCCUUUCAAACCUGCCGCUGAGAAACACGAAAACGGGUUUCUCACCAAAAAGGCGAAGCGGAAAGUAAAGCGAUCGCCAGACAGCACCACAAGCAAUGGCAGCCGUACCCCACCUGCCAAGCCUAUCGUGGAGGUUCCAGAGAUCCAAAAGGUGGUUUCCUCUACUGAAAAUUGGGCAGGUGAUGAGGGAAUGAACAACAAGGAGUUUGCCAAGCAAUUCACCAAGGCGAAAGAAGGCACCAAGCUUCCAUCUGCGGAUGGCAAAGCUAAUAAGAACGAAGUCCGCACCAAAACUAUCGUUAGCAGUACUGUUGUGCCGGACAACAAGGAUGUGACAGAGUUGUUCACCCGCACAUCAUCCAGCACGGAGGAAGAUGCGGACGAUGACCUCUCUUCUGCAAACUCACCGGUUGUUAACCCAACUGUGCCAGUGGCAGGCAGCGUCUCCGAUAUGCUAGCGCCUGCCCCAGCAGUCAUACCUCCCCUCCGCCUUGUUAAUAUCCCUCAAGUAAAUGAGCAGACAACAAUGAAAAAGCAAAAGUUGGAAAAUGUGGGGGAGACAAAGAAACAACGCCAACGAAGGCUUAAGAAUGAAAAUAGAAAGGCGAUGGUAGAAGAAUCGGAAAGAGAGCGUCGUAUUCAACUUGAGAAACACCUCCACACGGCCCGAGAACUUGAACGCCGCGAGGCUGCUAAAUCUAAGCCCACUCCAGCCACCAAUGCAUGGCAAACAAGCGCCAUCAACAGCCAACCAAAUGGGCUGCCCAAAUCUGCACCUGCGCCAUCGUCCUCGCCUCUUCUAGACGCAUUCGACUCGACGCCUCAACCCACCUCCAGUCCUUCUGCUACGCCUGAGAGCAUCAAGGCGUCUCCUUAUUUUGAGAGCUGGGCCAACAACUUACCUUCUGAGGAAGAGCAGAUACGUAUUAUAAUGAGUGAAAGUGAGUGGACGACAGUCUCUAGCCGCAAAAAGGAGCGAAAAAAUGACUCCAGGCGAGCCGGAAGUGUGAGUGCCAGUGAUACAAGCAGCUCCGACUUUCAAGCGGUAAGAGAGCCGAGGGCACCGAUAAAAUCCCAGCAACCCACAUCAGCAGCAAAACCAACAACGACAUCUUUGUUUCCCCCAAAUCUAAUCGAGACCUUCAACGGCAAAGGCCAUCCAUUAGAUUCGGACUGGGAUCCUUGAUGAAACUCCCAAGCCAAGCUCGUAUAAACAAAACUGCAUACAAUCCAAUGACCAUGAAAAGUCAACAUAUAAAUUCAUACACAUAAGUAUCCGUUUUCCAUAUCUAUAUUAUAUUAGCGCUCGAACAACCACCGCUCCCUAUUUCCCUUUUCACUUUCCAUUUCUGUUUAUAUCUCACUUUCUGGUGUGCUGCACCCGAUUCCCCUACUUCUGGUGGCUAAUGGCGUUUGGGUCAUGUUUCUUGUAGACAUCUAGUAUAUGUCAUUUCCCUUCAUCCUUGUCCUUGAGAUCUUUCUUUUUUUCCCCUUGUUCUUUUCCGGCGCUGCUUCCUCUUGCUGGGUUGGUUUUUUUUGUCUCCCACUCUGUCAGUUUUUGUACAACUUUCAUCCCAUCGUCUCCCAUAACUUUCUCUUCUCACUUUUGUCAUAUUACCAUGCAACGUUUUAUCUGAGUCGCAUAUUCUAUCUGGUUUUAUUCUCUCUCCUUCAACUGUACGUUUCUUAUGUGGCUGUAUUCUCUAAAUGCUUCUCUUUUUCUUCACAAACAUCAAAACAUUGCCAAAAGAGAGGGGUAGAGAAGAAGGAAAUGUAAGGUGAAAAAAACAACCUUGUACACCGACUCCUUUCCUCCUCCUUUUAAAACCAAUUCUUCAUUUUUCAGCAUCUCUUGUCUCUAUCCUGAGUUCUGUCGUGUUUAUUUAACCCUGUAUCAUCUUUUCAACGACGUCUGAGAAUCCAAGCCCUAGUUGAGAAGCAACUUUGUAUUUAAUUUAUCCUCAUUUAUAUAUUUAUAUUGUAUUCUCACG